GGGCCGAGUCCCCGCCAUGCCGGCCCGGCUGCUGCUGCUGGCGCUUCUGCUGGCUGUCCCUGGGAUUUUUGGAAGUACGAGCACGGUGACACUUCCUGAAACCUUAUUGUUUGUGUCAACUCUGGACGGAAGUUUGCAUGCUGUAAGCAAGAGGACAGGCUCAAUCAAGUGGACUUUAAAAGAAGAUCCAGUCCUGCAGGUACCAACACACGUUGAAGAGCCUGCAUUCCUCCCAGAUCCCAAUGAUGGCAGCUUGUAUACGCUCGGGGGCAAGAAUAAUGAAGGCCUGACGAAACUUCCCUUUACCAUCCCAGAAUUGGUGCAGGCCUCCCCAUGCCGAAGUGCCGAUGGAAUUCUCUACAUGGGUAAAAAGCAGGACAUUUGGUAUGUUAUUGACCUCCUGACUGGAGAGAAACAGCAGACUUUGUCAUCGGCCUAUGCAGAAAGUCUCUGUCCAUCCACUUCUCUUCUGUAUCUUGGGCGAACAGAGUACACCAUCACCAUGUAUGACACCAAAACCCGAGAGCUCCGGUGGAACGCCACCUACUUUGACUACGCAGCCUCGAUGCCCGAGGACGACAUGGACUAUAAGAUGUCCCACUUUGUGUCCAAUGGUGACGGGCUGGUGGUGACUGUGGACAGUGAAUCUGGGGAUGUCCUCUGGAUCCAAAACUACGCCUCGCCUGUGGUGUCCUUUUAUGUCUGGCAGCGGGAGGGUCUGAGGAAGGUGAUGCACAUCAACGUUGCUGUGGAGACCCUGCGCUAUCUGACCUUCAUGUCUGGGGAGGUGGGGCGCAUCACCAAGUGGAAGUACCCGUUCCCCAAAGAGACGGAGGCCAAGAGCAAGCUGACGCCCACCUUGUAUGUUGGGAAAUACUCUACCAGCCUGUACGCCUCCCCUUCCAUGGUACAUGAGGGGGUCGCUGUUGUGCCACGAGGCAGCACUCUUCCUCUGCUGGAAGGUCCCCAGACUGACGGAGUCACCAUCGGAGACAAAGGGGAGUGUGUGAUCACACCUAGCACGGACCUAAAGUUUGACCCUGGACUGAAAGGGAAGAGCAAGCUGAAUUACCUGAGGAAUUACUGGCUUCUAAUAGGGCACCAUGAAACUCCCCUGUCUGCAUCAACCAAGAUGCUGGAGAGGUUUCCCAACAACCUGCCCAAGCAUCGGGAGAACGUGAUUCCUGCGGAGUCUGAGAAAAAGACCUUUGAGGAGGUCAUCAACCUGGUGGACCAGACCUCAGAAAACGCACCCACCACCAUGACUAAGGAUGUGGAAGAGACGUUUACACAUGCCCCGGCCAAGCCCGAGGCUCCUGUGGAUUCUAUGCUCAAGGACAUGGCCACCAUCAUCCUGAGCACCUUCUUGCUGAUUGGCUGGCUGGCCUUCAUCAUCACCUACCCUAUGAGCAUGCACCAGCAGCAGCGGCUCCAGCAGCAGCAGUUCCAGAAGGAGCUGGAGAAGAUCCAGCAGCAGCUGCCCUUCCACCCACCAGUGGACACAGUGGCCGACGGGGAGCUCCUGGACACAUCUGGCCCGUACUCGGAAAGCUCGGGUACCAGCAGCCCCAACACGUCCCCCAGAGCCUCCAACCACUCUCUGCACUCCAGCAGCUCCGCCUCCAGGGCCGGCACCAGUGCCUUCCUGGACCAGGACUACGAGGAUGAGGAAGCCAGCGUGGUAUUAGUCGGGAAAAUCUCAUUUUGUCCCAAGGACGUCCUGGGCCACGGAGCUGAGGGCACCAUCGUUUACCGAGGCAUGUUCGAUAGCCGGGAUGUGGCUGUGAAGAGGAUCCUCCCCGAGUGUUUCAGCUUCGCAGACCGUGAGGUUCAGCUGCUUCGAGAAUCAGACGAGCACCCCAACGUCAUCCGUUACUUCUGCACGGAGAGGGACCGGCAGUUCCAGUAUAUCGCCAUUGAGCUGUGUGCAGCCACCCUGCAGGAGUAUGUGGAACAGAAGGACUUCACCCACCUUGGCCUGGAGCCCAUCGCCCUGCUGCAGCAGACCACGUCAGGCCUGGCUCACCUCCACUCCCUCAACAUCGUUCACAGAGACCUGAAACCCCACAACAUUCUCCUUUCCAUGCCCAACGCCCAUGGCAGGAUCAAGGCCAUGAUCUCUGACUUUGGUCUCUGUAAGAAGCUGGCAGUUGGCAGGCACAGUUUCAGCCGCCGAUCUGGGGUGCCGGGCACAGAAGGCUGGAUCGCCCCCGAAAUGCUGAGUGAAGACUGCAAGGAGAACCCUACCUACACAGUGGACAUCUUCUCUGCUGGCUGUGUCUUCUACUACGUCAUCUCUGAAGGCAGCCACCCUUUUGGCAAGUCCCUGCAGCGGCAAGCCAACAUCCUUCUAGGUGCCUACAGUCUCGACUACUUACACCCGGAGAAGCACGAAGACGUUGUUGCACGUGAGUUAAUAGAGAAAAUGAUUGCGAUGGACCCUCAGAAACGCCCGUCAGCGAAGCAUGUGCUCAAACACCCCUUCUUCUGGGGUCUGGAAAAGCAGCUCCAAUUCUUCCAGGACGUGAGUGACCGGAUCGAGAAGGAAUCUCUGGACGGCCCGAUCGUGAAGCAGUUAGAGAGAGGCGGGAAAGCUGUGGUGAAGAUGGACUGGCGGGAGAACAUCACCGUCCCUCUCCAGACAGAUCUUCGUAAAUUCAGGACCUAUAAGGGUGGCUCUGUCAGGGAUCUCCUCCGAGCCCUAAGAAAUAAGAAGCACCACUACCGAGAGCUGCCCACUGACGUGCGCGAGACUCUGGGCUCCCUCCCUGACGACUUUGUGCGCUACUUCACGUCCCGCUUCCCCCACCUCCUCUCACACACCUACCGGGCCAUGGAGCUAUGCAGCCACGAGAGGUUCUUCCAGCCUUACUACUGCCACGAGCCCCCGGAGCCCCAGCCUCCUAUGCCUCCCGACGCCCUCUGAGCCAGGGCGGCCCUCCAUUCUGGGUGGCCACAGCUG